GCUAUGAUCCGCACCAACCGAUCCACUGUAGGUGGCUUCUUCCUUGCAGGGAGGAGUAUGGUUUGGUGGCCGAUCGGAGCAUCGCUGUUUGCCAGCAAUAUUGGCAGUGGCCACUUUGUAGGAAUCGCUGGUACUGGCGCAGCUGCAGGAAUAGCCAUUGGUGGAUUUGAAUGGAAUGCUCUUGUUGUGGUUGUCAUUCUGGGAUGGCUCUUUGUGCCCAUCUACAUUAAAGCUGGGAUCGUCACCAUGCCUGAGUACUUGAAGAAGAGGUUUGGAGGACAGCGCAUUCGCAUUUAUCUCUCUGUUCUCUCCCUCUUCUUGUAUGUCUUCACCAAAAUCUCAGCAGACAUGUUCUCGGGUGCAAUUUUCAUCCAGCAGGCGCUUGGGUUGAACAUCUACGUCGCUGUUAUUGCACUUCUAGCGAUUACGGCACUGUACACUGUCACAGCUUUCCAUGAGGUGGGAGGCUAUGUAAACUUUGAGAAACUCUACAUGCAAGCUAUCCCCUCAGUCACGGGUAACAUCAGUGCAAACUGCUAUGAGCCCCGGCCAGACUCCUUCCAUAUCUUCAGAAAUGCAGUUACAGGAGACCUCCCAUGGCCUGGUCUCGUGUUUGGACUCACCAUUCAGGCUACCUGGUACUGGUGUACUGAUCAGGUGAUUGUGCAGCGCUGCCUCUCUGCCAAGAGUCUCUCUCACGUUAAAGCAGGUUGUAUCCUAUGUGGUUACCUGAAGCUGCUGCCCAUGUUCCUCAUGGUUUUCCCCGGGAUGAUUAGCAGGAUCCUGUACACAGGUGAGUUGCUGACCUCACGCACUGUGGAUUUUCUUGCCUUUAAUCUAGAUGUGAUAGCAUGUGUGGAUCCAGCUGAAUGUGAAAAAUACUGUGGGACCGCGGUGGGCUGCAGCAACAUCGCUUAUCCGAAACUGGUCGUCGAACUCAUGCCUGAUGGCUUGCGAGGUCUUAUGCUGUCUGUGAUGCUGGCCUCUUUGAUGAGCUCCCUUACCUCUAUCUUCAACAGUGCCAGUACUCUCUUCACCAUGGACAUCUACACUAAGAUCCGUCGCUCUGCUAGUGAGAAGGAACUUAUGAUUGCUGGCAGGUAAAACACAUUUUCGUCGCUGUGUCUGAUAUAAUCAUCGUAAAUUGUUGAAUACUGAUUGGAUUUGUUUAAAAUGUCUAGAGUUUUUAUCUUGGUCCUGAUUGGUGUGAGCAUAGCAUGGAUUCCUGUGGUGCAAGCAGCCCAAAGUGGUCAGCUCUUCGACUACAUCCAGUCCAUCACCAGCUUCCUAACUCCACCUGUCGCAGCUGUCUUCUUGCUUGCCAUCUUCUGCAAACGUGUCAAUGAGACUGGGGCCUUUUUUGGACUGGUAAUUGGACUGGUUAUUGGCUUGACGAGGAUGAUUGCUGAGUUUGUUUAUGGGACAGGUAGCUGUGCUUCCCCCAGUAACUGUCCCACUAUCAUAUGUGGCGUUCACUACCUUUACUUUGGGAUCCUCCUGUUUGUCAUCUCCUGCGUCAUCAUUCUGGCAGUGUCUCUCAUGACCAAACCCAUCGAUGACAAACAUCUGUACCGACUGUGCUGGAGCCUGAGAAACCGCACGGAGGAGAGGGUUGACCUUGAGAUGGAUGAUUGGGCUGAUAACCAAGAUUCCAGCAGUGAGGACUCAGACGAGGAUGAUGAGCCUGGCUUCUGUAAGAAGGCGGUGAUGAGCUUCUGUGGCCUGGAAACCAAGAAAGCCCCCAAGCUGACUAAAGAAGAGGAGGAAGAGCUGAAGAAGAAGCUGACAGACACCUCAGAGGUGCCUCUGUGGAGGAACGUGGUCAAUGCCAACGCCAUCAUCCUUCUGUGUGUGUGCGUGUUCUGUCAUGGCUAUUUUGGCUAAGAGUCAGCUGAUUUCAAGUGCUCUCUGACUCUCUAAUUUAUACAAAUAUAACACACCACUCACUAGCC